AUGAGCAAACCCUCUCAGGCCUUGCAGGGCCUCAAGCGAUUCGCUACAUGUGAUAUCGGUGACGCGCUGGUGAAGCUGAAGUAUCCAUAUGGCGGGUUCCUAGAUGGACUCAGCAUGUACUCUCCUGGGUCCGGGGCUAGCAUUUGUGGUCCCGCUAUCACAGUGAAGAUGGUUGAGACGAAUAGUCCUGGACCAACUCCACCUAUUCAUUUCGCGGAUGCGAAUAAAGCAGGCCACAUCAUGUACAUCCAGCAGCCCAAGGGUAUGUACUCGGCUUGCUGGGGUGGCCUCAUGUCGACCAGAGCCCAGAAGCUGGGCGCUUUGGGGGUUAUGGUAGAUGGUCGGAUGCGCGACACGCAGGAGCAUGUUGACAUGAAGUUUCCGGUGUUUGCAAAGGGGACAUCAGUUCUUGGGUCAAACACGUUCACUCGCGCAUCGCAAAUCAAUGUCCCCGUGCAGUUCAAGGGUGAUCUUUGGAUCCACCCUGAGGAUAUCCUCGUCGGCGAUGAGAACGGGGUUGUUGUUGUUCCCCCUUCUCUGACCGAGCAAAUUGUGGAGCUGUGCCAGGAACGCUUUCAGAUUGACGAGAAGACUAUGGAGGCGCUGCGGGCCGGCGAACCUAUGGGCCAGGCCCUCAAGCGGCUCCGGAAGUGA